CUGCCUAAAAGUCUGGACCGGACACAUGUCGAAGUCUAGUGACCUCACCACUGGGGUACCACCCUUAAGGGCGGUGGUGUGACUAUGAGCGUUUAUAAAAAAGUAGCCCAUGUUCCAUGAGCAUAAGGUAAAAUAUGAUUCCAUUUGGUCCACCAAGUUAUUUUUUUCCAUGAGCUUUAUCUCAGCCUUUAAAGCUGAUUCAAUGAACUCCUAGAGUUCAUUUAUUUCUGGAGAUGAGUUGCAAAAUAAAUUUUUGAACUUUGUGCAGUAAUUAACCUAUUUACAAGAUGUCAAUAUUCUGAUUCGUCCACAUAUGCUGCAUAUAUUGUCAGCACGUCACAAAAAGCUAAACUAUAUCUGUUCCGGACAUUACUGACCGGAUAUGCAAGUGACACCUAUACACAUAGACGGUUUUGGAAGUAGAUAUAAUUCUAUACUGUUGCUUAUCAUCCGACCAACUGGUCAAUUCUCUAGAGGGGAUGUAAUUUCAUCUCCGUCAUCAUAUCCUCAUGUUCUAAAGCCGUUAUUAAUAAAAUUACAUACAAACAGAAUUGAGGUGAGAAACACCGUAAUUUUUAUACUCUGCAAUUAUUAGACAUCCUCUCAAUAGUCCAAAAUGGGAGAAAUUGUCAGGAUUUGGUUAGUUUUUCUGGAACUUUUUAUCAUACAACAGCAGAUACUUCAACUGUCCACUACUUAUAGACCAGUUGUUCAGCUGAAUUCAAAUUAGAAAAUGAAGCGAGACUGUAGCUUGGUGAUUUUGUUCGGCGUGGGAGUAGUGAUUUUCGGGGGAGUGGUUAAUGUGAAUGGCGACGAUGCCUCCGACAAGACGACGUGCGUUUUGAAGAGUAAGCAAAUGCUGAAAAGCGUGAUGAAAUCGUUCAGCACCUGUAACAAGGAAAUGGGAAUGAUGAACAAGACUGCUCAAGAGUAUCACGAUUCUUUAGGGUGCAUUAUCAAGUGUGUCAUGAAGAAGUUUGAAGUGCUGGACAAAGAUGACCUAAUCACAGAAGCCAUGGUUAAAGAUCACGUAGAAAAACGAAUUCCACAAAGUCAACAGAAACACGCACACGAAGGACUUAUGAAAUGUGUUAAACUGCACGACGAUUUGGAUCCCAAAGAUCCCAAAUGCAAAGUUUACCAAAAGCUGGGAAAUUGUAUGCAGGAUGCUCUAACAGAUUUAUGCGGAGUUAUGCCUCUAAUUUAAAAAGUACUCACGAGUGGAUCCUCGAUUUCUUGUUGAAGUUUUUGUAAUUUUUGAAAUGUGAACCCUUCACUUCUAUAUAUUGACAUGUAUUCAUCUUAUAAAUCUGGCAUAUUUUAAAUUUUCUAUCAAUAAAUAUGAUUAGUGCAUCUAA